GGGGGAGGGCGAUCCGACCAGCUUUUGCUUGGGCCGGGGGCCCCGCGGGCUCGGGGCAGGGCUCACCUGUCGCAUCCACACACUCCCCGAUUGGACUCGCCGGUGUCACCGCCGCGGACCUCUCUUUGGGCCAUGACCAGGUGCAGCGGAGUGGAAUGCUUAUUAAGGACGGAAUUUAGUUCAUCCUGUUACUCUACCUAUAUUUGAAAGUCAUUGCUGAACUUUCGGACUCAAGUAAUUUUCUGGUAAUACUCCAGUCAGAUAUUUGUCCCCAGAUAUGAUUGGUGAUUACAAGGUCCUUGUAUAAAUUAAUUCUUGUCAACUCCUUGGGAUUUGAAGAGAAAAUGCCUGGUGUCAUACCUAGUGAAAGUAAUGGGCUUUCAAGAGGUAGUCCAUCAAAAAAAAAUAGACUUUCCUUGAAGUUUUUCCAGAAAAAGGAAACCAAGAGAGCCUUAGAUUUCACGGAUUCUCAAGAAAAUGAAGAAAAAGCUUCUGAAUAUAGAGGAUCUGAAAUUGAUCAAGUUGUUCCUGCAGCACAGUCCUCACCUAUAAACUGUGAGAAGAGAGAAAACUUGUUACCAUUUGUGGGACUGAAUAAUCUUGGCAAUACUUGUUAUCUUAAUAGUAUACUUCAGGUAUUAUAUUUUUGUCCUGGUUUUAAGUCUGGAGUGAAGCACUUAUUUAAUAUUAUUUCAAGGAAGAAAGAAGCCCUAAAAGAUGAAGCCAAUCAAAAAGAUAAGGGAAAUUGCAAAGAAGAUUCUUUGGCAAGUUAUGAACUAAUAUGCAGCUUACAGUCCUUGAUCAUUUCAGUUGAACAGCUUCAGGCUAGUUUUCUCUUAAAUCCGGAGAAAUAUACUGAUGAACUUGCUACUCAGCCAAGGCGACUGCUUAACACACUCAGGGAACUCAACCCUAUGUAUGAAGGAUAUCUACAGCAUGAUGCACAGGAAGUAUUACAAUGUAUUUUGGGAAACAUUCAAGAAACAUGCCAACUCCUAAAAAAAGAAGAAGUAAAAAAUGUGGCAGAGUUAUCUACUAAGGUAGAAGAAAAACAACAGAAAGAGGAAGUAAGUGGUAAUAACAGCACGGAGGUGGACAAUGUGAGGCAUUCUGAAGAUUUUAAAGAAAAACUCCCAAAAGGAAGUGGGAAAAGAAAAAGUGACACUGAAUUUGGUAGCAUGAAGAAAAAAGUCAAAGUCUCCAAGGAUCACCAGUCAUUGGAAGAAAACCAGAGACAAACCAGAUCAAAGAGAAAAGCUACAGGUGACACAUUAGAGAUUCCUCCUAAAAUAAUCCCCAAGUACCUCUCUGAAAGUGAGAGUGCAAGAGCCUCACAAAAGAAAUCAAGAGUUAAAAUAAAUUGGUUAAAGUCUGCAACUAAGCAACCCAGCAUUCUUUCUAAAUUCUGUAGUCUGGGGAAAAUAACCACCAACCAAGGAUCCAAAGGACAGUCUGAAGAAAAUGAAUAUGAUCUUGAAGAGGAUUUGGGGAGUUGUGAAAAUGACACAGCUAAUGGUUGUGAACUUGAAUCUCCAGGGAAUAAUGUUAUGCCCAUUAAUGUUAAUGAAGUUAAGCCCAUAAACAAAGGCACAGAGCAAAUUGGUUUUGAGCUAGUGGAGAAAUUAUUUCAAGGUCAGCUGGUAUUAAGAACUCGUUGCUUGGAAUGUGAAAGUUUAACAGAAAGAAGAGAAGAUUUUCAAGAUAUCAGUGUACCAGUACAAGAAGAUGAGCUUUCCAAAGCUGAGGAGAGUUCUGAAAUUUCUCCAGAGCCCAAAACAGAAAUGAAGACCCUGAGAUGGGCAAUUUCACAGUUUGCUUCGGUGGAGAGGAUUGUAGGAGAAGAUAAAUAUUUCUGUGAAAAUUGUCAUCAUUAUACUGAAGCCGAACGAAGUCUUUUGUUUGACAAAAUGCCUGAAGUUAUAACUAUUCAUUUGAAGUGCUUUGCGGCUAGUGGCCUGGAGUUUGAUUGUUACGGUGGUGGACUUUCCAAGAUCAACACCCCUUUACUGACACCUCUUAAAUUGUCACUAGAAGAAUGGAGCACAAAGCCAACCAACGACAGCUAUGGAUUAUUUGCGGUUGUGAUGCAUAGUGGCAUUACCAUCAGUAGUGGGCAUUAUACUGCUUCUGUUAAAGUCACUGACCUUAACAGUUUAGAAUUAGAUAAGGAAAAUUUUGUGGUCGACCAAAUGUGUGAAAUUGGUAAGCCAGAACCACUGAAUGAGGAGGAAGCAAGGGGUGUGGUUGAAAAUUAUGACGAUGAAGAAGUGUCAAUUAGAGCCAGUGGAAAUACACAGCCAAGUAAAGUUUUGAACAAAAAAAAUGUAGAAGCUAUUGGACUUCUUGGAGGACAAAAGAGUAAAGCAGAUUAUGAGUUGUACAACAAAGCAUCUAAUCCUGAUAAAGCUGCCAGUACAGCAUUGGCUGAAAAUAGAAAUUCUGAGGCUAAUGGUACUAAUGGGACCCAUGAAUCUGAUAGAAACAAGGAAUCCAGUGACCAAACAGGCAUUAACAUUAGUGGAUUUGAGAACAAAAUUUCAUAUGUAGUACAAAGCUUAAAGGAGUAUGAGGGGAAGUGGUUGCUUUUUGAUGAUUCUGAAGUGAAAGUUACCGAAGAGAAGGACUUCCUGAAUUCUCUUUCCCCUUCUACAUCUCCUACAUCUACUCCUUACUUGCUAUUUUAUAAGAAAUUAUAGAGUGAGUGUAUUUUCCUUGUGUAUAUAUUCAACAGACUUGGACAAACAUUGGUACAACUGAUGGUAUCAGAAGUCUUUAGCUUAUCUUUUGAAGCUACUGGAUAUUGGUCUCUCUAGGCUUUUAUAUAAAUAGUGAAAUUUGAAUUAUUGAAAACCAUGUUAAUUUUUAGAAUUCAUUUCCUUAGUAGAGACUAGUGAUGCAUUAGCUUCUGGGAACAAACUUGUAUAGGUUCUUAAUUGAAUUACUCAAAAUGGAAGCAUUUAAACACUUUUGAAUUUACACCUAUCUUUUGUGUUUGCUUUUUAAAAUAAAGUGCUUGUAUUUGUAUCUCCAUAUUUUGGAGUAAUUAUCUACACGAUGUUUAUAGGUCCUGUGGGUUUUCAGCUAAGAAGCAGAAUCUCAUUUCAGUACAUUUAGUUUUCUAAGUCAUGAAGCCAGAUCUUUGAUGGGCUGUGUUAGAGGCACAAAGUCUGGAUUAUGUGUGUAUUCACAAUGGUGUACAUUUUGUGCCUUGAAUCAACUUUGAAAAGUGGCUCAGAAAACGUGGAUUGUCAGUCCCCUUCUAUCUUGACAAGGAUUUUAUAUGUAUUUAUGAAGACUGUUCUGUACUCUAGUAAAUCUUUUUGGGCAUGGACUACUUUGUGUCUCUUCACAGGCAUACUCUGCAUGGUCUGUAUGCAGUACAACAAACUUAGAGGUAUGACCUUAAAUUUAACUUUUUAAAAACCAGGAGGUCAAUAAAUUUUAAACUGCGUAACUAUGUAUAUAAA